GGCGGAGGCGCCGGCGCGCGGACCCCAAAUCGGCCCUCCCGGUCACUCUUGCCCCGGUGUCUUCCUUAGUGCGUGUUUGUGUGGGUGCGCGCGCGCGUGCUUUCUUACAAAGGGCAUUUUACGACUGAUUGAUCCCCUUUGCCCUUUGUGCUGUAACCCCGCUCCCACCAUCGCGGAUCGCCGGUGUGUGCCUUCGGUCCCGGCGUCGCUCCCUCCAGCCUGCUGCGUGUCCCCGAGCUGCCCGCGGCCUCCCCGCUCCGCGCCGAUCGCCCCGCCGCCCGCCAUGGCGACCGCUACCCCCGUGCCGCCGCGCACAGGCAGCCGCGCUGGCGCUCCCACCACGCCGCUGAGCCCCACGCGGCUGUCGCGGCUGCAGGAAAAGGAGGAGCUGCGCGAGCUCAACGAUCGGCUGGCGGUGUACAUCGACAAGGUGCGCAGCCUGGAGACGGAGAACAGCGCGCUGCAGCUGCAGGUGACGGAGCGGGAGGAGGUGCGCGGCCGGGAGCUCACCGGCCUCAAGGCGCUCUACGAGACCGAGCUGGCAGAUGCGCGGCGCGCGCUGGACGACACUGCCCGCGAGCGCGCCAGGCUGCAGAUAGAGCUGGGCAAGUUCAAGGCCGAGCACGACCAGCUGCUUCUCAAUUACGCUAAGAAAGAAUCUGAUCUUAAUGGAGCCCAGAUGAAGCUCCGAGAAUAUGAAGCAGCACUGAAUUCUAAAGAUGCGGCCCUGGCUACUGCGCUUGGUGACAAGAAAAGUUUAGAGGUAGAAUUGGAGGAUCUGAAGGAUCAGAUCGGCCAGUUGGAAGUCUCCUUGACUGCUGCCAAAAAACAGUUAGCUGAUGAAACUCUGCUUAAAGUGGACUUGGAGAAUCGCUGUCAGAGCCUUACCGAGGACCUGGAGUUCCGUAAAAGCAUGUAUGAGGAGGAGAUUAAUGAGACCAGAAGGAAGCAUGAAACUCGCUUGGUAGAGGUGGAUUCCGGGCGGCAGAUUGAGUAUGAGUACAAGCUGGCCCAAGCCCUGCACGAGAUGCGCGAGCAGCACGAUGCCCAGGUCAAGAUGUACAAGGAGGAGCUGGAGCAGACUUACCACGCCAAACUCGAGAAUGCCAGGCUCUCGUCAGAGAUGAACACGUCUUCUGUCAACAGUGCCAGGGAAGAGCUGAUGGAAAGUCGUAUGAGAAUCGAGAGCCUUUCGUCUCAGCUUUCUAAUCUGCAGAAAGAGUCUAGAGCCUGUUUGGAGAGGAUUCAAGAGCUGGAGGACUUGCUUGCUAAAGAAAGAGACAACUCGCGGCGCAUGCUGUCUGACAAGGAGAGGGAGAUGGCAGAAAUCCGGGACCAGAUGCAGCAGCAGCUGAACGACUAUGAACAACUUCUCGACGUGAAGUUAGCCCUGGACAUGGAGAUCAGCGCUUACAGGAAACUCCUCGAGGGCGAAGAGGAGAGAUUGAAGCUCUCGCCGAGCCCUUCUUCCCGCGUGACAGUCUCACGAGCAUCCUCAAGUCGCAGCGUGCGCACAACUAGAGGGAAACGGAAGAGAGUGGACGUGGAAGAAUCCGAGGCAAGCAGCAGUGUUAGCAUCUCUCAUUCCGCCUCAGCCACCGGAAACAUCUGUAUCGAAGAGAUAGAUGUUGACGGGAAAUUUAUCCGCUUGAAGAACACUUCCGAGCAGGAUCAACCAAUGGGAGGCUGGGAGAUGAUCAGAAAAAUUGGAGACACAUCAGUCAGUUACAAAUAUACCUCAAGAUAUGUGCUGAAGGCAGGGCAGACUGUUACAAUCUGGGCUGCAAACGCGGGUGUCACAGCCAGUCCUCCCACCGACCUCAUCUGGAAGAACCAGAACUCCUGGGGAACUGGCGAAGACGUGAAGGUCAUCCUGAGAAAUUCUCAGGGAGAGGAGGUUGCUCAAAGAAGUACAGUCUUUAAAACAACCAUACCUGAAGAGGAAGAGGAGGAGGAGGAAGGAGCUGAAGUGGCGAUCGAGGAAGAACUUUUCCACCAGCAGGGAGCCCCUCGAGCAACCAAUAGAAGCUGUGCAAUUAUGUGAACUUCUCAAGUCGACUGUCUUCCUCAAAGUGAAGAAGGACGGUAAUCCUCACCUACAUACAGUGCAGAGCCUUCUCAGAAGCACAGAAUAUUUUUAUAUUUCCUUUAUGUGAAUUUUUAAGCUGCGAAAUGAUGGCCUUAAUUUCCUUUUUUGACACUGAAAGUUUUGUAAAAGAAGUCAUAUCCAUACACUUUGUUGCAAGAUGUGAAUUAUUGACACUGAACUCACUGUACUGUUUGGAAAGGGUCCCUCAAAUUUUUUGACAUUUUUUGUAUGUGUUUUGUUUUUUUUAAGUUCUUAUGAGAAGAGAAGGGGAGGGAGGGUCAUUAAACCACUGUGUGUUUGGGCAUAAUUUGAAGAUUGCUCCAUAUAGAUUAGCAAUCUGCUCUUGAUUAUUCUCUGCUACAUAUAACGGUGCUGUGAGGGAGGGGAAAAGCGUUUUUCAAUAUAUCGAAAUUUUGUACUGAAUUUUUUUGUAAUAAACAAUCAUGGCUACAACUUUUUUUUUUUAAUAGAAAAGAGAAAUUUUGUAAGAUGGCAAUAUUAACCUAAUCAUGUAAGCACCCUGGAUGAAGGAUUCCACGAAACUUUGUUUUAUGGUUACUUCUUCUCUUAGAUUCAUAAUUCACCAGGGGUAUGGGGGGAGGGAGGGGAGGGGGAGGGAGGGUUUCUCUUAAAACGCGUUAGCUGUGUUUUUUUAAGAUAGUGUAACUUGCUUAAAUUUCUUAUGUGACAUUAACAAAUAAAAGGCUGUUUUAAUAUUAA